AUGGCAUACGCGCCGCCUCCAGGCACCACCGCCAGCAACUCGCUCCCCGCGAGACCCCCCGCCUCCUCCCACGCCGCCACCCACACUUCGUCCGGAUUCAAGCCCGCCUUUGGGGCCGCCGCGCACUCCUACUCCCAGUAUGGCGCCGCCUCCUCGAACCACUACCCCGGCGCUGCCCCCGGCGUGAGCUCCUCCGCGCAGGGAUACCCGCACCAGCAGCAGCAGCAGAAGCAGCACGGCUAUGCUGCCCCGAACUCGGGCUACGGCAACUCCAGCUACGCGGCGCCGCAUAUUCAGAACCCCUUUCCCGCGCCUGGGGCCGGGCCGAGCGGCUACGACCCGAGCGAGGCCGCCCAGAUUGCCGAAUGGCAGAGCGCCUAUAACGGCGUGCCCCAGGUCGGCAAGGAAGGCAAGCCCGUCGGAGCCGCGCCCGAGGCCCCUAGGGCCGAGACGCCAGCCGAUGCCGCCAACCACGACAAGAAGAAGACGGUGACGCGCCAGGGCGGCGGCAAGAAAUGGACCGACGACACCCUCCUCGAAUGGGACCCCACCCACCUGCGACUCUUCGUGGGCAACCUCGCCGGGGAGACGACCGACGAGUCCCUCCUCAAGGCCUUUGCGCGCUGGAAGUCGGUGCAAAAGGCCCGCGUCAUCCGCGACAAGCGCACCACAAAGUCAAAGGGCUACGGCUUCGUCAGCUUCAGCGACGCCGACGACUUCUUCCAGGCCGCCAAGGAGAUGAACGGCAAAUACAUCCAGAGCCACCCCGUCGUCAUCCGCAAGGCAAACACCGAAAUCAAGGUGACCAACGCCAAGGAACGCGGCAAGGGCGGCAAGCAUAACGCCAAGAACUACAAGGGCAAGAACAACAAGUCGGGCGGCCAGCAGCAGGCCGGCGCCGCGUACGAGCCCAGCCUGGGGCCCGUCGCCGGCGGAGGCGUCACCAAGCCCGGGCAAAAGACCAAGAAUGGUCUGCGCCUGCUUGGCUAG